AUGAGCCCUGCGGCGGAGAGUAGCGGAGCUACUCCAAGCGAGGAGUGGAAGCUCAAUGGACAUGAGAAAAUGGAGGAUACUGGAAGUGGUGGAGCGUCUCAUUUCAACGAGGAAGAUCACAACGUCUCUGGGAUAUUGACGCCCUCUGAUACGGACGUCAGUGAGAGCCCAGCCGUCGCUCAUGACCGAACAACCGAACAUGGCGAGGAGAGUCUGAACGGUGGCUCUGAGGAACGGGCUACGAAUGGAGACGUCACCAAUGGGCAUGGCCUUGGUAUCUUGGUCGAACUUUCGGCAGACGAUGCAAACAAGAACGGCCGAGCGUCUGUUCUAGAAGGACCCAAAGUGAAAGCCGCUCUGGCCGAACUUGCUGGAGACGUGUCUCAAAGACCCGCCGACGAGAAGGAGCGGAUCCUGAAGUUGUCACCUGAGAAAAUUCAGAAGCUUACAUCCUCACCCGAGUCGAUUCCCUACCGCGCAGUGGCACAAGAUACAAAAUCCGAGCGAAGGGUAGUAUCGGAUAUCCCCCAUUCGACUAGAACACUUCGCCCAGAGAUCCGAGAGUCUAUUAUACAAUCGCUUAGCGAGGCAUCUCCGCUAGAUGAUCCGUUAAAGAGGCCUGCUAAGGACUUUACUCUGGAUGAAUCGUCUUUGCCUGCAAGCCUGGCUCUUCCACGAUCCGGUAACAAUGGCCCAGUUCGCAAUCGACCGCACACGUCUCGAACCUUUUCGACCCCUGGUCUUUCUCGGCAAUCCGUCGCUCCGCCGAAUGAUGAACGGUUGGCGCAAACGUGGGCUUCACGCUCAAAGCACGAUAGAAACGCCCCGGAUCGUGAUCUGAAAAGCCAUCUGGCAGCGUCUCCUCCAAUCAUCGAAUCCCCAAUGUCAUCCCCAAUGCCGCCUUCUAUUCCCAUUCCCCCAGUCUCGAUACCUACUUAUCUCCAGCUUGAGCUUGCGUCUGGCCGCCCAUCACCGCUGUAUAUUCAUCGGCCAUCGACCAACGAUUUUCCGUAUGAAUCAUCGAGCGCGAAGAUUGAAAGGUUGAUGAAUUUUCUGAUACUCCCUGGCGCACUCGAACAGGUGCUAGGCUUUGGCUCUCUUGCCUGUCUCGACUCAUGGCUCUACUCCUUCACCAUUCUUCCCCUACGCUUCGUGAAAGCGGUUUAUAUCCUCUUCGAAUCUUGGGCGAAGAACUUGAAUGCUGAGUUCUGGUCUCUUUGGAAAUUCGUUGUCACUGGCGUUGGGCGAGUAUGGCAGAGGAGGAGGAAUCAUGGUGAAAGACGCGAAAGUGAGCCUGAUGCGACACCUCGCUUGCCCAAUGGAUCUUCUACUGGGCAAGAUGCGACGCCAAUAGAACGAGAACCCAGACAUCGGAGCUCUGAGCCAUCAAAAAGGAGACACCGUGCGUCGGAAUCUCGCCGGCAUCACCGCAGGAAGAAGUCGAUACCAUCGACGUUGCUUCCAAACGAUAAAGCAGACAUUUUGACGGGCCUACUCAUGGUUGCGACUUGCUGGGCUUUGAUGUACAUCGAUGCCAGCCGAAUGUACCAUUGGAUUCGUGGACAGGCUGCUAUUAAGUUGUAUGUCAUUUACAACGUGCUUGAAGUGCUUGAUCGACUUUUGGCUGCUAUUGGGCAGGAUGUUCUCGAGUGCCUUUUCUCACGGGAAGCUCUCGAGCGCCGCCCAGAUGGAAGGAGCAAAAUUUUACGUCCAUUUGGACUGUUCUUGGCGGCACUUGUCUACACUGUGGCGCAUGCAACCUCACUCUUCUCCCAGGUCAUGACACUCAACGUGGCUGUGAACUCGUAUUCCAAUGCCCUUAUGACACUUUUACUAUCCAAUCAGUUCGUUGAGAUCAAAUCUACCGUCUUCCGCAAAUUCGAGAAAGAAAACUUAUUCCAACUCACAUGCGCGGAUGUCGUGGAGAGGUUUCAACUGUGGCUCAUGCUCACCAUAAUCGCCUCGCGCAAUAUUGUCGAAACGGGCGCAUUCAGCUUCAUCGGUGACCUCGGGCUAGGGUCUGGCUUUUCUGGCCAGUCUUCUACCAUCACCAAUAGCACGCCCUUGUCCACUCCCCCGCGGACCGCAUCAUCGAUCCUACCCCAGUCUUUUACCUUCUUCCCUUCAUCACUUCUAUCCUCCGUCAGCAGUGUCAACUCCUUCCUCCCGACCCUUGGCCAGGUACUGGGGCCGUUUCUGGUUGUCCUGGGAUCUGAGAUGCUUGUGGACUGGCUGAAGCACGCGUAUAUCAACAAGUUCAACAACUACCGGCCUGCUUUGUACGGCCGGUAUCUCGAUGUACUGGCCAAGGAUUACUAUACCAACGCCUUUGGGGAGCAAAACCUCACUCGUCGCUUGGGUCUUCCGGUCAUCCCACUGUCCUGUCUUUUCAUUCGUGUCUCCGUGCAGACGUAUCAGAUGUUCCUGGCCUCCCUGCUUCCUCAGCAUCCGUCUUCCACGGCAAUGCAGUCAACAUCCUUGUCAUCGAUCCACAAUCAUUACGCCCCCGCACCACUCCCAUCGAUGCCCCCUUUGACCUUGCGUACUAUCAUUCCCGCGUCCGUCGCCCAUGUCAGUGCCUUUCUCAGUACCCUCGUGGACAAUACGAUGCCAUCACCUGCGCAGUCUGUACAGAUCUUCACAGUCAUUCUGUUAUUGACCGGAUACAUUGUUCUUUUGAUUCUCAAACUUCUUCUGGGAAUGAGCCUGCUAGCCUUCGCCCGCUCCCGCUACAAGAAAAUGCAGGGUCUGGAGACUGAAACGCGCAAGCCAUCAUCCUCUCACCCCCCUCCCAAUGAAAGCUCGGCUCGAAAAAACGACUUCAGUGUUGAAGGGAGCCGACGCGCCGGCGGGUGGGGUAUGGUCGAGGUUGGUGAUGAAAAACGCAGGUGGAUCUAUGGCGAUGACCCGGAGGGUCUGCGGCGUGUGAAGGAGAAGGAGGAGAAGGACAAGAACAAAGACAAAGAUUUGAAGAUAGAUCAUGUCCAUCGGUACGAGAUGGUGGCGAAGAAGAUUUGGUGA